AUGAGGUUCGAUUUAGCGUUUAUAUGCAUAAUACUGAGCACUCUUCAGUUUCAGAUCCAUACUUCAUCUGGUGCGGGUUAUUGUGACUGUGGCGACGAAGAUGCUUGGACUAGCGGAUAUGUUUGCAAAACUCACGAAAGGAGAGAAGAAGAGUCAGGGUUCAUAACCUUAUUAGUUCUUCAUGAACUGACUUGCUUAUGUUUUAGCACUGUGCAAUUCUCUCUUCCUGAAAACUUGGAGAUUCGACUUCGUGGGUUGACACGUCUUAUCCUCCAAUACUCUACGAAGCUGAUAUGUUGGGAAAAAACUGAUAUGCUGCCUUUGAAUUUGACACAACCUCCUGCAGAAAGACUCGAAGUGACUAGUAUUGCUCCAUAUGUAACGGUUUUAUAUAAUGAUGAAACGCAUACUUAUGAGACGGUUAUUCGAGCCCUAGAAAUGUUUAUCAAUUGCACGAAAGACCAAGCGAUGUUGAUAGCCACGAUAGUGGAUCGUGAAGGUCGCAGUGCGGUCAAAGUCGGAGCCAAACAAGAUUGCGAAAGAGUGAAAACCGAUAUCCAACGACGAACGCUAAGAGAUAUGAAUCGAAGAACGGAAAAAGCUGGACCGCUUGAUGUCAAAGUGCUAGACGGAGCUCUUGUUGCACAUCAAAAUCAUGCCAUUGCCCUUCUUGCUUGGCUAAACUCACAAAUAGAUGCAUUCCCCAUACUUGGUUCCAUUGUUGGCGAUGUUCUACUCAACACUGUGAUUGAACGAGAUGAAGAUGAUUUUCCUAGUCAGGAAACGAUACUUGUUCGUCUUCUGCGGUUUGACAAGAAAAUGUGGAAGUCUGCACGUGCGAAUACCCACCAAAUGCUAAUGAAGACCGUUCUUAUGAAUUUCGACCAGAAAGUGGUGUUUUCUAAAACAUUCCUUGCGCAUUAUGAGGACAUCUACAAAGAGUUUAUCGAUGAUGAUCACGACCUUGAUAUAUCAAUUGUCAGUCUUACAGUUCAGUUUUUGACAGUGCCCAGCAUAGCAAGACGAUUGAUAGCUGAAGACGAUGCCAUGCGUACGAUAUUUUCAGCACUUAUAAAACAUACUGAAGAUUUUGCCAAAGGUAUAAUUAAUGGACAUUCGUGUAUUUUCGCAUUGCAAAGCUGGUUAUAGAU